AUGGGGCCUCUCUCCAAGAAGCGCAUGAUCAUCCGCGAUGGCGUCUUCUACGCUGAGCUGUUUGAGUUCCUCAAGCGCGAACUCGCCGACGACGGCUUUGCUGGUGUGGAGCACCGCGUCACUUCGACCCGCACUGAAAUUGUCAUCCGCGCCACGAAGACCCGCGAGGUGCUUGGCGAGAAGGGACGUCGCAUUCGGGAGCUUACGGCGUGCCUGCAGCAACGGUUUCACUACAAGGAGGGCAAACUGCAGCUGUUCGCCGAGCGCGUCGAGGUGCGUGGCCUCUCCGCCAUGGCGCAGGCCGAGUCUCUCCGCUUUAAGCUUCUGAGCAAUCUGCAGGUGCGCCGCGCCGCGAUGGGGAUCAUCCGCCACGUGAUGGAGUCGGGCGCGAAGGGAUGCGAAGUGACGGUGGGUGGGAAGAUCAAGGGACAGCGUGCAAAGAGCAUGACAUUCCGCGAUGGCUACAUGAUAAAGUCCGGCACGGCCCACAAGAACUUUGUGGACGUCGCGACGCGUCACUGCCACCUGCGUGCCGGUACCCUCGGCGUCAAGGUGAAGAUCAUGCUUCCAAAGAGCAUGCAGAACGAAGAGGAGAUUCUCCCUGAUGUGAUCACCGUCCUUGAACCCAAGGAGAUCACGGCUUAA